AUGUCCGAACCAGGCCCAGAAUCACUCCCUACUAGCGCCGAUCCGCGCAGCAAACGCCCUACCAAGCGCCGCGCCGUGACACCACACUCCGAACAUGCAUCGGAAAUUAAAACCCUCUUCAAAGAUCCCUCAAAAGAGCUUCGAAUUCCGAUAGCCGCGAAAGAUCGCACAGUCGCAACGCUUUCCGCCCCGCCAGAGAUCGUCACAAACGUCCAGGGUUCAUCGGCUGGUGCGGGAUCGGGCGAAUUCCACGUCUACAAGGCUAGUCGGCGCCGCGAGUAUGAGCGACUACGAGGGAUGCAGGAGGAAGUAGAUAAGGAGAAGAGCGACGAACAAUGGGAGAAGGAGCGGGAGGAAGCGAAGAAAAAGGACGAGGAGAAAACGGAUAAGAACCGUCGGAGGAGAGAGAAGAAGAAGGCUGCGAGGGGGAAACAAAAGAAUGGAAAUGCUGGCGAUGAUGGUAUGGACAUUGAAGGACCUGCGCCAGGAAUGAAGAAGAACCCGAAUGCUCCUGGUGCUCGUAAUGGUGAACAACCUGCUGGUGCGGAUACGCAGCAUGUCGAGGAAGUUCCUGGUGUGAUUAUCCAUGACGAUUAUUGA